UGCCGCUCUUGCCUUGAUUAAUUGAACCCUAGACCCCCGCCGCCUCUGACUGCUGUUUUCUUCUCUCUCUCAGGAUGGCUGAUUCUUCUUCCACUACGGCAGGGAAAUUGGGUAAUAAUGUGAGCGAAGGAACAGUAAGGAAAGCUGUAAACGCUCUCCUCAAAUGGAAGAAACUCCAGUCCAAAAGCACCACCAUCCCACGAGAACCCACGGAAGGAGAUGAAGAAGACCAUGAUGAUUUGAUCUACCUGGUCGUCACUCUCAACAAAAUCCCGCCCAAAGACCUCUCCCCGGUAUCAAAUCCCAUCAAAAUCCCACUCCCCCACCCCCUCCAAUCCUUCUCCGAUAUCUGCCUCAUUGUGGGCGACAAGCCCACUCAUGUCCUUUGCAACACCACCAAGACCACUCUCGCCUCCGAGGCCGUACAGAAGAAGAUAAAAUCCCUAGAUAUUCCAAUCACCAGAGUCCUCAAGCUCUCCAACCUCAAAUCCGACUUCAAAUCCUUCUCGGCCAAGCGAAAGCUAUACGAAUCGCAUGACUUGUUUCUGGCAGAUAAAAGGGUGGUUCAUUUGCUUCCGGGUGUACUGGGGAAGCCAUUUUACAAGAACAAGAAGAGGGUUCCAGUGCCGGUGGAGUUGAAGGCCGAUAGGAACUGGAAGGAGGAGAUCAAUGCAGUUGCUAAUGGUAAAUCGACUCUGUUGUGUUUUGGGACUGGGACUUGUAGUGCGGUGAAGGUUGGGAAUGGGAAAGGAGUUAUGGGUAAUCAAGAAAUAGUGGACAAUGUUGUUGCUGCUAUAGACGCAAUCGCUUCUCUUGUUCCCAAGAAGUGGGCUGGCAUUAGGGCUCUACACUUGAAGCUUUUGGAUUCUGUGGCAUUGCCCAUUUACGACGCAACGAUGGGAAACAAAGGCAAUGCAUAGCUCUCUCGCUCGUCUACUGAAACGUGUGGUAACUACUACAACUAUCUUCUUGUUCAAUUUUGGUUUCAAUGAUAUUAGUUCAGCUGAUAUUAUAAUGAUUUAGAGGUUAAACUAUUUACUUGUAUGUUGUAUCAAAGCAUGAAACAAUUACUCUUAUAGGUUCUAAACCCGAAUUUUGACUGGAAAGGAAUCAUGCCAGUUUCUCAAUUAUAUAUGUUCAUAGAAUAGAUGUUGUUGGUUGUUUAUAACUUUUAUGUUAAUAAUAGAUAUAGUAGGUUAGGUCAUUUUUCUAAAUGAGACAAGUUGUUCUCUGAACUCGCUUCCUCCAUUUUCAACAGCUUGAUUGUGUUGUGCCUCUUAUUGUUUUUCAUUCCCAUAUAGCUAAAACUGUUGAGAAACAGAAAAAAAUGGCAAGGAUAACUGAUCUAGUGGCACGAAGUGACUCUCUCAAAUGGGAGGUCAUGGAGCGGUAUUGAUUCUUUGUGCUUCAGUAUGUUGAGAAAGUACAUAUGAACAGAUACUACAUUGUAAUAGAGUUGGGAAUAAAUUCGGCCAUACUAAAAUGGCUAAAUAAUUCCAUAAUUUGUUGUAUUGAUACUUUAUGCAAUUAGUCCGGUAAUUUCACAUUGAGGAGCAAAAACUGUGCCAUGGUGACUAUCCAUAUUGAUGAUGAAGUUUGCUAGUAAUGAAGAUUUGAAUGGGCCUAGCUACUAUAAGAUUUGGUUAUGAUGUGCUGUAAAGGGGGAAAAUGGAAUACGAUCAAGACAAGAAGCUGGUUUAUUUAUAGUAUAGGUAAUGAUAUUUGUGCAUUCUUCCUUCGAACUAUGGAUUUGAAAUCUCGGGAUUGCAUUCAAAGCAAUGCUUAGAGCUUAGAGCUUAGAGCAGAAAGCUCAAACGUGUCCAACUCCAAAACCUCUGUUAUGGCAAAAGAAAUUCCAUGGAAAGGGGUCUUCAAUCCUAAGACAGCAUAAGCAUUGUGUAUCAGGGAAGCUUUAUCGUGGUUAAAGAACUCAGGAAUUGACAGCAUACAAGUUGAAACCGGUGCACUAGGUGAUAAAAGGACUCAAAACUUGCAGAACUAAUACGGCUUUUGAUUUGAUUAUGCAAGAUGCUUGCUUUAUUCAUGUAAAACAAUCUGCGAAUAUUGGUAAUUCAUCUUCUAACUAGGAGCGUCAUAUCUAAGAUAGAUUGUAUGUAGUGGUUUACCAUUCUUUGUCAUAUCUAAGAUAGAUUGUAUGUAGUGGUUUACCAUUCUUUGUCAUAUCUAAGAUAGAUUGUAUGUAGUGGUUUACCAUAGAUUGUAUGUAUGUAGUGGUUUACCA